GAAGAUGAGAUGAGAUGAGAUGAGAUGAGAUGAGAUGAGAUGAGAUGAGAUGAGAUUUGUGUUUUCUCUACAGAUGAAGGUAGAAAGUGUGUGAGUUGGUGUGGAUUCAUCAUCAUGGAUCAGCGUGAGGACAGAGAGGAGGGAGCCCCCUCCCUCUACCAUGAGGACCAAACCAGAGCUCAGAGAACAAAGCAGCCGCACAGACCAGACUCUGCUGAACCUGAACCCGAACCUGAACCUGGACCUGAACCUGAUCCUGAACCUGAACCUGGACCCAGCUGUGUGUCUAUGAAGAGUGAUCAGUCAAAGCCUAACUAUAUUAAUUUUAAAGGACAGAAACAAUCUGCUGUAAAAAAAGUCCACCAGAAGAGUUCAGAGUUUCCCAGUGGUCAGUCUGUGCAGCAGCAUCAAAAACAUCUGGACUGCAUAUUUACGCUGCUGGAGGACAACAUCGUCACUUUUGUGAAGAACGAGCUGAAGAAGAUUCACAGAGGCCUGAGUCCAGAUUACCCAGAAUGCUUAGAGAGUCAGAGGGAGGAUGAGGAGGUGUUGGAGGGAGAGGAUGAAGAGCAGAGGAUCAGCAGAGAAGCAUUUCUGAAGAUCACAAUUAACUUCCUGAGGAGAAUGAAGCAGGAGGAGCUGGCUGACUGUAUGGAGAGCAAUCUUAUUGCUGCAGCUUGUCAACGUAAACUCAGAUCUACUCUGAAGGGGAAGUUCCAGUGUGUGUUUGAGGGGAUUGCUGAAGCAGGUAAACCAACUCUAGUGAACCAGGUCUACACAGAACUGUACAUCACAGAGGGAGGAACUGCAGAGGUCAAUCAUGAACAUGAGGUCAGACAGAUUGAAACGGCAUCCAGGAAUCUAGACAGACCAGAAACAACCAUCAGACCAGAAGACAUCUUUAAAGGCCCACCUGGAAGAGAUAAACCAAUCAGAACAGUGAUGACUAUGGGAGUGGCUGGCAUUGGGAAAACAGUCUUAACACAGAAGUUCACUCUGGACUGGGCUGAAGACAAAGCCAACCAGGACAUCCACUUCACAUUUCCAUUCACUUUCAGAGAGCUGAAUGUGGUGAAAGAGAAGAAGUUCAGUUUGGUGGAACUUGUUCAUUACUUCUUCACUGAAACCAAAGAAGCAGGAAUCUGCAGAUUUGAAGAGUUCCAGGUUGUGUUCAUCUUUGAUGGUCUGGAUGAGUGUCAACUUCCUCUGGACUUCCACAACACUGAGAUCCUGACUGAUGUCACAGAGUCCACCUCAGUGGAUGUGCUGCUGACAAACCUCAUCAGGGGGAAACUUCUUCCCUCUGCUCGCCUCUGGAUAACCACACGACCUGCAGUCGCCAAUCAGAUCCCUCCUGAGUGUGUUGACAUUGUGACAGAGGUCAGAGGGUUCACUGACCCCCAGAAGGAGGAGUACUUCUGGAAGAGGUUCAGAGAUGAGGAGCAGGCCAGCAGCAUCAUCUCCCACAUCAAGACAUCACGAAGCCUCCACAUCAUGUGUCACAUCCCAGUCUUCUGCUGGAUCUCUGCUACAGUUCUGGAGGAGGUGUUGAAAUCCAAAGAGGCAGGAGAGCUGCCCAAGACCCUGACUGAGAUGUACAUACACUUCCUGGUGGUUCAGGCCAAAGUGAAGAAGGUCAAGUAUGAUGGAGGAUCUGAGACAGAUCCACACUGGAGUCCAGAGACCAGGAAGAUGAUUGAGUCUCUGGGAAAACUGGCUUUUGAUCAACUGCUGAAAAGAAACCUGAUCUUCUACGAAUCAGACCUGACAGAGUAUGGCAUCAAUAUCAGAGCAGCCUCAGUGUACUCAGGAGUUUUGACACAGAUCUUUAAAGAGGAGAGAGGACUAUACCAGGACAAGGUGUUCUGUUUUGUCCAUCUGAGUGUUCAGGAGUUUCUGGCUGCAGUCUACAUGAUCCACUGUUACACCAACAGGAAGACAGAGGUGCUGGAGGACUUCCUGGGACAAAACUACAAUGACUCAACUCUGGAUGUCUUUCUGAAAAGAGUCAUGGAAAAAUCUGUGGACAGUAGCAAUGGUCAUCUGGAUCUGAUGGUUCGCUUCCUUCAUGGUCUCUCUCUGCAGUCCAACCAGAGACCGUUAAGAGGUCUACUGGGUCAGAGAGAGACCAGUCCAGAAAUUAUCCAGAGAGCCAUUGACAACCUGAAGACAAUGGAAAUGUACAACAUUUCUCCUGUCAGAAGCAUCAACAUCUUCCACUGUCUGAUUGAGAUGAACGACCUCUCAGUUCAUCAGGACAUCCAAGAGUUCAUGAAGUCAGACAACAGAGCAGAGAAACUCUCUGAAAUCCACUGCUCAGCUCUGGCCUACAUGUUGGAGAUGUCAGAGGAGGUUCUGGAUGAGCUGGAUCUGAAAAAUUACAACACAACAUGGGAGGGACGACUGAGACUGAUUCCAGCUGUGAGGAACUGCAGAAAAGCUGUACUUUCUGGCUGUGGAUUCUCAGAGAGUCACUGUGAAGUCGUGGCCUCAGCUCUCAAGUCUAAACCCUCCCAUCUGAGAGAUCUGGACAUGAGCUUCAACAACCUGCAGGAUUCAGGAGUGAAGCAUCUGUCCAAUGGGCUGGAGAGUCCACACUGCAGACUGGAGACUCUGAGGUUAUAUCGCUGCAGUUUGUCAGAGAUCAGCUGUGAUUCUCUGGUCUCAGCUCUAAAGUCCAACCCCUCCAGUCUCAGGGAGCUGGACCUGGGCUUCAACAAGUGUCAGGAUUCAGGACUGAAGCGUCUGUGUGGUUUUCUGGAGAGCCCACUCUGUAGACUGGAGACUCUGAAAUUAAGCUGGUGCAGUUUGUCAGGGAUCAGCUGUGAUUAUCUGGUCUCAGCUCUGAAGUCCAACCCCUCCCAUCUGAGACAUCUGAAACUGAGCAACAACCAGCUGAAGGAUUCAGGAGUGAAGCACCUGUGGGAUUUUAUGAAGAGUCCACUCUGUAGACUGGAGAUUCUGGGGUUGUAUUCCUGCAGUUUGUCAGAGAUCAGCUGUGAUGGUUUGGGAUCAGCUGUGAAGUCCAACCCCUCUCAUCUGACAUAUCUGGACAUGAGUGGAAAUGAACUGAAGGAUUCAGGAAUGAAGCAUCUGUGUGGUUUUCUGGAGAAUCCACUCUGUAGACUUGAGACUCUGAGAUUGAGUCGCUGCAGUUUGUCAGAGAUUGGCUGUGAUUCUCUGAUCUCAGCUGUGAAGUCCAACCCCUCUCAUCUGAAACAUCUGGACCUGAGUGGAAACCAGCUGCAGGAUUCAGGAGUGAAGCAGCUUUGUGACUUUCAGAUGAGUCCACUCUGUAGACUGGAGACCCUGAGAUGGACGUGAUCAGCUUUGAGAGUGAACAUGGAUGGUGUUUGUGCUGAUAUGUCCUGAUGAUCCAUGGAGGUUGAAGCAGAUGUUCAUCAUACUGAGAGGUGAUAUGGGGAAGAAACCCACCAGCAUCAACAUUAAUGUUUGUGUAUAUUGGACAUGUUUGUUCCUGUCUGUGUAGUUAUUUCUAUUCCUGUUUCAUCCAUAUAGUUAUUUCUUUUGAGCAGGAGUUGGGGUGGGGAGCUGGUAACUCUAGUAUUAAUUUUUUUUUUUUUUUUAAUGUAUAUUUUACAAGACUUUCCACAGAUGGCUGUUACUGGAGUUUCUUUACAUUUGUACACUUCAUAUAUUUUGUUUCUUUUACUUCAUGCUUAUUUAAUUUCCUAAGACUUGAGACAAUGUGACUCUUUUACAACUUUGUUGAACACUCUCCAAAUAGGGUAAAUAUGAAUUGUUUUUAUGCUAUCCUGGUGGCGAUUUUGUGUAAACAGGAAGUAGCCCGUGUGUACAGGAUGUUGUUGAGAGCAGCACUUUCCUACUAGCAGACAAAGGGAUCAGAUCAGUGUUUGAUCUGCUAUCUUGAGUGUAAGCAUAAUCUGUAAGUUCAUUUGUUGUUUACAUUUUACAUUGAGCAUAUGUAAUUUGUGAGAAGGAUGCAUUUAUAAUGUCAGUAAGUAGCUCUGUAUGUCAUGUAGCUUAAACUAUGCCAUGUUCUAGUUUUAGCAUUAGUUGAUGUACUGUAUUUUUGUUUUUCUACAGUUUCACUACUUUUUUUUUUUUUUUAGUGCAUUUUGGCAACUUAUAAAAUAACUAAGAUGAAUCCUGACUGCUGUGGAGAGUUUGGCCUGCUGUUAAAUCGUGUCUCCACAUGAUGAGAACAGUAUAGUGAAAAGAUGUCAAUCCUACAAGCAAAGUGAACUUCUCGGUAGUAGACCGCAUACAUCAUCUGCAUCAUGAUUGAAGGAAACAAAUCAGCGGCUACUGCAGCCAAAAGUGAAGCCAGUAGAAAGUGGAAAUUCAAGAUGUAAAGAGCAAAGGUCAGACUCAAGGUGUUCUAGUACAUCAUGACCGUCGCAUCGAUCUGGGUCAUCAGCAGCCUCAAGAACAUGCACAUUGUUUAAACAGAAGGAACUGGGUAUGAGACUCGAUAAAAUUAGACUGGACAUGUCUCAUCAGUUCGACAAGGCUGAAUAAGAGCCAGACUUGGCUGUGCUACAUCAUGAGACAGAAGUGGCUCAGCCUCAGCCUCAGGCCGAGGUAGUUGAGGCAGCAGAGUUUGAAGAACAGUAGUCGAGCCGUGCCACCUUGCUACAAUCUAGACUGGGCCGUACCCGAGAUGUAGGAGCACAAGCUUGCUUCUUUGAAAGAGUAAAAACAAACUCGGAACACCCAUACGAGAGAGCAGUGUCUCCAAAACAAUCUCAAUUCAACCAGUAAUAAAUGGUUCUUUACUACAGACUCCACCUUCCAAGAAAGGACAUCAUUACAUCCAAAGCCAAUUAAUCUGGACACUUAACCCUCAGCCAUAUCACUCCAGAUAUUAUAAUAAUCCUCGGGCGAGCUCAUACUCGCACCACAUCAUCCAUCACAAUCCAGUGUGCCCACAUCUUUGGCCCCAAUGCAUCUCCAAGUAUGUCUUGGACUAGGUUUCAAUUAGAUUACAAUUGGGUUAGGUAACUACUGAAAAACUUAUUCUGGAGUGCUGGUAGCAUUCUGGACUUAGUAUUUUUAUUUGUACAUUUUAGGUUAUAUUUUUGUCGCUCUGACUUAUUCAACUCGUUGUAAUGACCUGCAACCUCCGUUUACCAGCUGAAUGCAAGAAAAGAGAGAAGAUUUACUGCCAUUUUACUUUAAAUUUGAGUAAAGUGAAUAAAUAAAACCAGUUGUUGCUCUGUGGUGAAUACAUUUCAUCAGAACAGGAGUUCAAGUCACAUCUCAGCAAAAAUUAAAAAAUGACAAGAUAAACCUUG